UGGACUUUUAUUCUGAAGGAGCAGUGCUGGCUCUGGUGCGUGUCUCUGUGUUCCUGGCUUCAGUUUUGAGCGGCGCUAGAACUGGGCGCGGGAGGAUCUCUGAGGCGGUGUCCCUGCCUGUGUGGCCUAAAGAAGGAUGCAGACGAUAAAGUGCGUCGUUGUUGGCGAUGGAGCGGUGGGGAAAACGUGCCUUCUCAUCUCAUACACCACCAACGCCUUCCCCGAGGAGUACAUCCCCACCGUGUUCGACAACUACAGCGCGCAGAUGAGCGUCGAUGGCCGCACGGUGAGCCUGAACCUGUGGGACACAGCAGGUCAGGAGGAGUACGACCGGCUGCGCACGCUCUCCUACCCUCAGACCAACGUGUUCAUCAUCUGCUUUUCCAUCGGCAGCCCGUCGUCAUACGCCAACGUCCGGCACAAGUGGUUCCCCGAGGUGUCGCACCACUGCCCCAGCGUGCCCGUGCUGCUCGUGGGAACCAAACGCGAUCUGCGCAACGACACCGAGACCGUCAAGAAGUUAAAGGAGCAGAACCUGGCGCCCACCACACAGCAGCAGGGCACCGCGCUGGCUAAGCAGAUCAACGCCGUGAAGUACUUGGAGUGCUCCGCUCUGCUCCAAGAAGGCGUCAGGGAAGUUUUCGCUGAGGCCGUGCGUGCCGUUCUCUAUCCUGUCACCAAAAAGAAUUCCAAAAAAUGCGUCCUCUUGUAGUUUGGCCUAGGAGACUGAUGGAAACGGACUUGGAGAGCUCAGAGGUCAGACGAAUGAUCCUGGUGUUGAUAGCCAUCUCUCCUUCCCCACUCGUGUUUUUAACCACUCUAGGUAUUGUUUUUGGCUCCCUGAAUUUUUUUUUUUCUUUUCUACAGUCACCAAAGUAUGCACUCUUUACUAGAACUGAAGAAACUCUCGUUGAUUUCAAAACCACUUUCCCUUUUGGCCUCCUUUGUCUCCAUGGAACGAUGUGGUUAUCAAUAUCUCUCGCACUUACCUCAUGGUUCAGAAUGGAAUUGCAAGAUACACGGCAAUAUUUUAAUAAUGAAACAAAGCAAUACAGAAACGAAAUUAACAGUCUGACCCAUGUUCACCCAGCCGUGGAGGAUGAUGGCAUGGUUUACUCAAGCAGGGGCUGAGGAGAGAAGUAAUUCUUUUCUACAGCCUGAAGUUUGUAAUCUGUCCUUUCUGUGCCUAACAGGUUAGCUCAAAUCCUCUCCUGAUAGAAAAAAAAAAAAAACAAUGUGAGGAAUGAUAUGAAAUAUUUAUACACCUAUAGAGAGCUUAACACCUGAGAAUGAAAAGCUUUCCUGCAAAAACCUCUUUAGAUAUUCAUUAUAUUUUACUAUUACCCAAAAUGUCAUUAUUCUUUUUUUUUUUUUUUUUAAAUUUUAUUUUUUGUUUCUGUGAAAUGAGGUGUUAGAAUGGUGUGCCUUUAUAUUGACAAGUAUAUGCCUUAUACAGACAGUCACACCGUUACAUCUGUGGAUGAAACAAAAGCCUGUAACCUAACACAGUGGCUACAUGACAGUACAUAACGAUCAGUAUAAGAUUUUUACAUGUCUUGUCUUGUAGUGCUAUCAGAUCCUUGUACACCUGAAACCCAGACCUCCUUGUUGUCUUUUCUCUGUCACACAUAACAAUUCAUAUCUCUCAAACGCCUUAUUGACGCUUUUGCGUCUAGUGCUGCCUCACCAGUUUUAAUUCCAAGUGCCUGACUCGUUUCUGGAUUCGAUCCGAAAUCCCGCCUUUUUCUGUGAAUCGCCUGAAGCUUCGAGUUGAAUAGAAUCGACUCGAAGAGUUGAUUCAUUUUGGAACUGACUCCUUGAAUCCUGUGAACAAGCGAGCAGUGCUAUCUACAGAGAGACAAACGAAGCUAUAAAAGUAAAUGGAGCGUUUGUCCUCUGUACUCGAAGGUUUAGUGCCAGGCGUGUGUGGCUGCUUCAUUCUUAACCCUCAGUGAUUCAUUCUUAAUCACUGCGUUUCACAGCUUUUCACAGUGAGUCAGUGCUUAGCCCUGGCAGGUAUUGAUGACAGCAUGUAUUUCUUUCCACAGGCGUUAGUCCCACACGGCAAAAUCAUUUCACGCACGCUUAAGUUUGGAAAGAAACGAACGUCUCCGAAUAUUUAACGUCUCUAGAACUUUCAAAAGCAGUCACAGCUAACAUGAUUCUUUUAGCCACAUCAGGUAUCACGAUGUUGCUUUGAAAACAUAAAUGACAUUUCAGUUCGUAUUCACGUUUAAGUUUCAUAUCCUUGUAACAGAUGCCGAGCACUUGCUGCUAAGCUUGUGCAAAGACAAUAGAACACAAUAGAAACUCCUAGGAUCAGUUUAUGCCUAGCACAAGAAAUACACGGCUACGAAUGCAAGUGGUUCGGAAGUAUUUCACUGACACUGCCAUAAAGACUGAUAAAAAUCACUGAUUGGUCAUCUGUACUUGUUAAAUAAUUCAGAAUGUCUGGUUCAGUUCAUUUGUCUUCAGAACUUAGGUGCUUAACUGGUUUAAUUAGCUAGAACAUUUUUGACACAUUGCAUUACGUAAGUCUGUUUUUUUUUUUUUCCAUUUUGUUUCUCAGCAGCAGUUAUAAAUGCCAUGUGGUUGCAACUUUGUCACUUUUCAGUGCCUGCACAUGUAAUCGCCAUCUUGGUUUGUGGCUGAUGCAAAAACUGACAUCGCUGAACAGUAGCGUGGUUUCAAAAGUGAAGUGGUACUUUUUUUUUUUUUUGUGUGUGUGUGCUGAAAAUGUUGCACAUUUCUCUACGUAUCAAGGCUUCCUUGCAGUGUCUCUGAGUUAGUCAGGCUUCUCAAAUGCUAAUAGCUUUUAAUUUUAUACUUUUUUUUUUUUUUUUUUUUUUUAAUUAGAUUUUUGACUACAAUACUUAGCCAAAGAGUGCCUUUGGAUACAAAGAUAUCAAACUAAGAGCACAUUGAGAAAGCGGACCUGUUCUAUCUUGAUUGUUUUUUUUGGUUUUUUUUCCUUUCAAAGCGUAAUAACCAUACAAGCCAUUUCUUAUUUUUGCCUUCUUUCUCAUCUUUAUUGAAACAAAUUCCACAAAAUCCGAAUUUACACAAAAUCCAUUGAAUGUUUUCCGGUUUUGUCUGUGAGGAAAAGCCCUCCGAAAACUGUGGAUGCGUCAAGUCUGUGUUGGUGUCGUUAAUUAGUCUCUGCAAAAGGAUAAAUGUGAGAAUGAAUUGCCAUCUGUUUGGUGUACUGUUCCUUUCAUUCCCCCCGUGCUGUAACGCUGUUGAAAUUGAGCAGACAGGGCCUCACGUUGCCUCCUGUCUGCCUGCUUUGGUGUAUGGUACUGCAUUUAUACACUGGGAACUUGAUUUUUUUUUUUUUUUUUGUCAAAAUUGUCAUUUUUAUAACAAACAUUUGUAUAAAUGAACUAACAGUGUAAUGAUUUUUAAAUUAUGCUAAAUAAAACUAUAAUUUACA